CAAGUGAAAUAAAAGAUCCAGAUCGAUUUAAAGAAAGUUUUAAACAAUUAUUAUCAGAUCGAACAAAUAUGUACGAAGAAGUUGUUAAAUGCAAAGAUAUAUUUGAUACUGCAGCGGAAGAAUCAUGCACAGAUCUAAUAAAAACACGUCUUGGUUGUCAAUCGACAUGUCCAAGUUGUGGAUCAAAAUGCGAUAAUACUGAAAUUAAUCAUACAAAACAUUAUAGUACACGCCAUUUAGCAAGCGCAUUUUAUGGUUGGAAAGUCCGUGACACAAAAAAACCGCUUUUAUGGUUAUGUUAUCAAUUGUGGUUAACAGCCUCUAUUUAUAUCGGUGAAACAAAAUUCCAUCCGAAAAAGAAAUAUUAUGCGGAACGCGCGCCAGAAUGGUUAGAUGAUUUAGAACAAAAAUCAAAAACAGGUGAUUUAUAUGACGAUUCCAAACCACCAAGAGAACAAAGACAAGCUUGGAUGGCUGUGCGACAUGCUUUGGUUAAACGUUACUCAACAUUUGGGAUGGAAGAUCUCGAAAAUUAUGAUGAAAACCUUUAUCCUGCUAUCGAAAGUGUAUCAGCUGAUUUUGAACCUAAAUGGGAUUACAAUCAAUCAUAG